AUUGAUUUAAAUUAUUUUUAUAAUCUUGUAAUUCGUGUUAUUUAAGAAAUGUUAUUCAAGUAUAUUUCUAGAAAGGUAACUGUAAUAAGUCGGGUGCAUACAAGACAUGUCACCAACAUAUCAAUAUGGAGAAACGAUGUCCUGGAAAAUGCUUUGAAAUUUAUACAGAGAAAUGUGGAGUUCGUACGGAUACACGGACCAACUGCUGACGAGGUAACAAGAGAUGUUAAUUUGACAGAUAAAACAUGUCUAAUAACUGGAGCAAACAGUGGGAUCGGUUUGGAAGUAACCAAAUGUUUGCUUGCGCGCGGCUGUAAGGUUUUGAUGGCAUGUCGAAACACUUACGCUGCAAAUAUUGCCGUAAAAAAUGUCCCUUGCGAAAAAGCAAACUUAAUAAAUAUCCACGAAGUCAAUCUCACUUCACUUGCAUCUGUUAAAAACUUAUCUGACAAUCUUCAGAAAGAAUACAAAAAAAUUGAUAUUGUAAUUUUGAACGCAGCUGUGUUUGGGAUUCCAUGGACUCUUACGGAAGACGGCUUAGAAACUGCUUUCCAAGUGAAUUAUUUAAGUCAAUAUUACUUGUUAAUGAAUAUUGAGAAGAUUCUAGCUCCUAACGCACGUGUUGUUUUUACGUCUUCAGAAUCUCACAGGAAUAUAAAUUGGAACAUGCCAAAGAUUUUGUCGCCAAGUUUGGAACAUCUUUCGAUUCCAAAGGAGGAGUAUACUUCUAUCAGAGCGUACAACAUUUCGAAGUUAUGUUCCAUUUUAGCAAUGCACUAUUUGGGGUAUCGUUGGUUAAAUACAGAAAAAACUGUUUUUUGUGCUCAUCCCGGGUCUUUUAUCAAGACGCGGUUAUGUCGCAAUUGGUGGGUUUACGAAGCUCUUUACACGACAAUGUUGCCAUUCUCAAAAACCAUUCGUCAAGCCGCGAGCACGAUCUUGUACUGCGCGACGUCGCCGGAGCUGAGCGGCGUGUCGGCGCAGUACUUCAAGGACUGCCGGCGCUGCGAGGAGAGCGACCUGGCCAGCGACAUGCAUCUCGCCUUUAAGAUCAACGACAUCACGCGAGAAAUCCUGAGAGAGCGCGCGCCCGCCUUCAUCGACACCUUCCGAGUGACUGACAAGCCGAGCGCCAGCGUCCCCAACGUUCCCACAGAUGUCGACAAAGUGCAACGAGUUAAGGAAAACGUUGAACACGACUCUCUUAUCUCCAGUUAUACUAAUUGA